AUGUCGAAUGUGUCGGGGCCGAAGCACAUUAGGAAAGGACCAGGGCUCUUAAAGCCACCUGGCAUUGCUAAACCUUUGCUUAGUUUAUCUGAUCAUGACUGUCUUAAAACACCUACCAUGAGUGACAUGUUGCGAACACCUACAACGCUAACAUCUCCUAUGAAAUCGAGCUAUAGCAACAAUGAAUCAGAUGGACGACUAUGUGCAUUGAACGGUAUCACUCCUGUUAGAAAUCAGGCGUUUUUUGGAGAGAACGAUAACUUUCUCAGUGGUAGCGUUGAAAUUCUGCCUGUUCUUCGAACAACUCAUGGCUCUUUGGCCAACAUGCCGAAAACUGCUCCUGAGCCAACGACAGCGUCAGAAGUCGCCGUACCUAUAUCCGCUGCGCCAAUAACAUUAGCGCCAGUCACUACGGCACCUGUAGAACACAGGUUAUCUAAUUCAACUAGCAAUGUAACGGCGCCGGUCGCUUGUUCAGAAUCUCAACCUACUAUUCAUAUUCGUGGUCCUAUUACUUUUCCUAAUAACCCUUUGGUCGAUCCGAAUUCUCCUGGCUUAUCAGCAUCCACGUUCCAAUUCACUCCUGUCAUGGAACAUUUUUUUAAUUCCAUUUUGAAGCCUGUAUCUUUGCCCGAGUUAGCAGUGGUUUCGACUCCUAAAAAUCUUUCUGCUGUUGACCUCAUUAACUCUGUACAAAUCGUUGGAGCAUCAGAAAUCAAGAAGGAAGAAGAGAAUCAAACAAACCUCUCAUCAGUUCACCAGUCAAAAUACGAAGAUCCACCUGUUUCUUCUCAAAAUGAUGUAAUGUUCCAACCUAAAGUAGAACCUGUGGACGACUACAAAUAUUCGCCAAUUACUGCCGUUAACAACAUGCCUCCUAGCUCUCUAGUUCCACCACCUGAUUCUCAAAAAGUUUUCAAUUCAGUGAAUAAUAAUACGGGUCCAAUGGUCAGCUCUACAACGGAGUUCGAACCAGAAGUAAGAAGAACGCGGCCGGGUCCAGCAGAACGGCCUUAUCGGUGUCCACGGAGUGAUUGUGAUCGAUCUUUCUCUAGGAGUGAUGAAUUAACACGACAUGUAAGGAUACACACAGGCCAUAAACCGUUCCAAUGCCGGAUAUGUCUGCGUGCUUUCUCGAGAAGUGACCAUUUGACCACACACGUGCGCACACACACAGGAGAAAAACCCUUCACCUGUGACUACUGUGGGAGAAAGUUCGCUCGAAGCGAUGAGAGAAAACGACACACUAAAGUUCACAUCAAGACGAGGAAUGGACGACGACAACACAGUCCAACGUAA